UUUUCUUAAUUAAUGGCCAUUAACAUUUGUGGAACUCUUACCCACUUUAAGCAGUAAAAGAUGACGCGAAAGGGGGAGAAGAAACAAAGCCCUCUAAAUUAUCUCUCUUGUUCUUGCUCCAUUCAACUUUUCCAACCUUAACCUGUAAUUGGAUUUUUGCAAAUAGAAAGCUUACACAUUUGUAGAAGAUUAUUGAAGAAUUACAUAAGAAAAUAUUGGUGGGUGAUUAAGAUCCAGAUACAAUAUGUCAAUCCCAAACAACAAGAACAAAGACCCGAAAUCGAUGAAGGGUCUCUUAAAGGGCCUAAGAUACAUUUCUCAGAUAUUUGAUGAAGAAAAGGAAGCGGAAAUGCAGAUUGGUAAUCCUACGGAUGUUAAACAUGUUGCCCAUAUUGGUUGGGAUGGCAACAAUGAUAGUCCUCCCACUUGGAUGACUGAAUUUAAAGGACAGUCAGGAUCUAGUUCUCCCAAUGGGAAUCGAGACUUGAAUAAUAAUUCAUCAUCCUUGCAGUCUAUCCCUGAAGAGCAUAAGAGUGCUACAACUUCUCCAAGAAGGAAUGGUAUCGUGCCACCGUCCGAGCAGCAAACAAAGUCAUCAAGACGACGAUCAUCAGGCAACGGUGAAGUAGAGAACAAGCAACACAAACAAACGAGGAAGGCUUCCAGAAACACAAAUAGGGAGGUCCAGAAUCAGGCUGAUGGUGCUUCCAAAUCAACAUCAAGAAGCAGUUCCAAGGAUGAAGUUGAUAACAAAGUCGAAGAUGCUCAUAAGAAAUCAGGGCGGCGAAAGAAAUCAAAAGAAUUGGUUGGGGCGAGUUCCAAAUCCAAGUCGAAAGCAACAACGUCGGGGAUCGGAGAUGGUCAUAAUGUCGUUGAUGGCUUUAAGAGCGAGGUGUUGUCAGAGAAACAGAGUCAUAUAUCGAAUUCAAUAGUAUAAGAAGAGCGCGGCAAUAUAUUCCCUUGAAGACGUUCACAAAGCUCAGCUUUGCAUGUUAUAUGGAAACAUCCU